ACCUUGCUUGGCGGUUAAGACUCGUUUCUCUCUCAUCCCCUUUGCUCUAAAGAAUGAUUCUUUCAGAACCCUGAUAUACUUUAAUUCACCGCAAUCUUAAAGCUCUCUCAUAGAUUCUUUCAAACUUGCUGUUUCGUUCUCCACAGUGAAGAAAAAUUUUCAGGAGUUGAUUUUAAAUAUGGAUUCUGGAACGCACAAGACUGGAGAAUCAAGCGCACGACUUUUGGCAAAUACUGGUGCCUUUAGAAAUGACCGACCUAUCCCCCAGCUUUUUACCUCUGUACCAGCUCUCAACGAAGCAGCUUCUUAUUUUGCUGAGACAACGUCAUAUCUAACUAGCUGUUUCUCUGAUUUUUCUGAACCUGUGGCUGGAGGCCCUGAAGGACAAGAAAUGGUGACAUUUGAUUCUGUUGAAACCAGAGGAUCUCUGGCUACCAGUGAUGGGUCUUCAAGAGGAAGUGUUUCUGCUGUUUCAGUGUCAUCUUAUACAGCAACUGAUGCUCCACCUGUUAACGACGGAAUUACAAGGAUCUCAGAUGGAGGUUCAUCUCAAACUGCUUGUGCACUUGUGCCAUCUACUAAUACCAGCCAAAAUGGCAUUUCCAUUUUUCAAGGCCUUAUUGAGCGGGUACAGAGGACAGUUCGUGGUUCAGCGGAUGACAUUGGAUGGCUACAACGUGCUUCAGAAAUGCCUCCCGUUGAAGAUAGAACUGACAGUUUUUUAGAAAUUCUUGAUGACAUCCGGCAUGGUUUGCACAGGUUGCCAAACUCAGUGGUUUACUUGUUGGUUCCAGGUCUUUUCAGCAACCACGGGCCACUUUAUUUCAUCAAUACCAAAACAAGUUUCUCGAAAAUGGGUUUGGUCUGUCAUAUUGCCAAGAUUCACAGCGAGGCUUCGGUUGAAAAAAAUGCCAGAGAGAUAAAAGAGUACAUUGAGGAAAUCUAUUGGGGUUCCAAGAAACGUGUCUUGCUUCUUGGACAUAGCAAAGGCGGUGUGGAUUCUGCUGCUGCUUUAUCCAUGUAUUGGACUGAGCUAAAAGACAAGGUUGCUGGGUUGGCAAUAGCACAGAGUCCAUAUGGCGGUAGCCCAAUAGCUUCAGAUAUAUUGAGGGAAGGACAGCUGGGUGAUUAUGUAAAUAUACGGAAGCUCAUGGAGAUCAUGAUCUGUAAAGUGAUGAAGGGGGAUAUGCGUGCUCUAGAGGACUUGACUUACGAGAAGAGGAAGGAAUUUUUGAAUAAACACCAUUUGCCCACAGAACUUCCUGUUGUUUCGUUCCACACAGAAGCGGGAAUUUCCCCUGCAGUUUUGGCCACAUUAUCCCAUGUUGCACAUGCAGAGCUACCCAUGUUUGCCCCUCUUUCAGCUGGCCAACGUACAACACUCCCAGUGGUGAUGCCCCUUGGUGCUGCAAUGGCUGCGUGUGCCCAGCUGCUUCAGACCAGGUAUGGCGAGAAGAGUGAUGGCCUCGUGACUUGUCGCGAUGCAGAGGUCCCUGGCUCCAUUGUGGUACGGCCAAAACGCAAACUAGACCAUGCUUGGAUGGUUUAUUCAUCAUUGAACGACGAUCCGUCUGAAGCAGAUGCUUCUCAAGUAUGCGAGGCUCUGUUGACAUUGCUGAUGGAAGUUGGACAGAGGAAGAGACAUGAACUUGCCAAUAAAGAUGAGUGAAACAAACAUAACCUGCCUUUCGUUGUAGGUUAUUUUUUGUUAGUACUACUGUAUAUGCUCAGCUGAAUCAAUUCUUUCGUUCUCCUGGCGGCUUCAAUCUGUGUCAAUAAUAUCAGAAUCCGUCAUAUCUUAUUUUUCAUGUUUAUACGUGUGUAUGGUUAGAUUAGAGGAUUUGGUGUCAUACCUUUUUUUUAGCCAAUCACAUAAGAC